UUAUUGAGAUUCAUGCGAUUUACGAGUCGCACCACAUCACAAAAUCAACAUAUGAUAUACGGUACUGUAAUUUUGAUUUUUAACUUGCAGAUACGGUGUUCAAUAUCGUACAGAUGUUAACAGUUUAUGGAAAUUUUAAUUAAGAAGGUUGUGUGUUCUGAAUCCGAAUUACAUAUGCAUGACUCGCUUAUAAUUCCAAAAUUUCCAGUCAGUCGUUUACCGGAGGAAACCGUGCAAAUAGCGAUCUACCUCAAAUGGCAGCCGAUGAAUCUUUCGCGUUUCCCAAGGUGACAAAGCAUAAAUUAUUCAAUUUCAACCGUUUUCCAGCGGAUCAGUUUCUGUCAUCCCCUAACUCAGAACAUCUGGACAUAACCUUUCCUAGCAAUCUUGGAAUGGGUGAUUCUGUUAACACGUUACUGCAGUGGGUGGGUGCCGACAAUAGUCCAAAUCGUAUUGAGCUUCCAAGCCGUCCAUUUUCGACAGAAAGAAGUGGAAGUCGUUUCCCUUUUCCGAAAGUUCAAAGCUCCAGUAACAAACCUUCCCGCAUUCGUUUGGUAAACAAAAGGAGAAAUAUUAGUGACGACAUGGCCGCAGAAAAAAUGGCAGUACCACCGAAGUCAGAAUCGAAAGAGAAUCCCGAGGUCAAGUCCAUUUCUCUGCCGCCGGCCAAAGGAUUUUUGGCUCCCAAUCAGCUAGGAACGGCGUGGAUACCUCUGGCAGCUUUUCGUUAAUUCCAGUAAUUUGGUUAAUGGAAUACAUCAUCAUUCCGAUAUCUGUUAGCAUAACCUUUACAGUAACCACAAUGUUUUAUACGAUUGACUACGGUACUUUCUGAACGCUUAUUUACAUCUCGUCAAAAUAAUUUCGAUUACCAAAUUACACGUAUGGCUGAAAGGUUACAGUACUUGUUAAAAAUUUAAUUGUUUGCUGGCUAGUGGUUACAAGAAAACUUUUUCAGCAUCCACAGACAACUCAAAUAUCUACGAGUCACUAAUAACCCAAGCGAGAUAUGACAGACAAAGCCCAAGGACUAAGACAAAAACACUUACAUAAAAAGAAGUGAUUAAAAGCUAUCAAAACGUCUCGUACAAAUUUAACCAACUCCCCUCAGAAAAAUGAGUUACAGGUUUUUACAGUCUGAAACAAAUCAACCGAUUAUGACCAAUUAAAUCACGGGAAACUAAUAUGACACAAUCAUAUUUUCAUUUAUUAUUCUAUCUAUCUGAAAGUAAUCGACAUGGUAUACGUCGAACUUAAAGGCUUCAUAAAAAUAAUUUGAGCCUUCUCCGUCGAAACCGGUUUGCUCGUAUCCAGGGGAAAUGUGACGUAAUGAUUGGUGGCAGGGGAGUAUGCUUUCCUGUUUCGUUACUCUUCCCCGAACGGGACCCUUCUUAAAUGAUAUCCACCACCAUCUUCUUGUGUACAUCCGUGUGCCCCACUACGGCACAAAACUCCUCGAAGGAGAUCUUCCCAUCCCCAUCCUUAUCGGCAUACAUGAUGGUCUUGUCGACAAUCUGCUGAAGUUGCUGAUCCUUCAGAUUGUUGCCCACCAUCAUUUUGAGGACU